AUGUCGCGAACUCCAAAUUUGAGCCGCACCACGACCACCACCACGUUGUCGGACAGUAGUCUGUCAAGGAGAUCAAGUGGUUCAUUCUCUCGGGCGUCGGCGUCGGCGGCGUCGGUGUCUUCAGUGUCCUCUACUUCCUUCACGACCUUAUUCGCCCGUGACGAAGAAGAAGACCAAGAAAUCGGUGACGAUACCUUAAGUGAAGAGUCGCUAGAUUCGGAAAGUGAGGGGUCGCUGGAGUCCUUCACUGAAGGGUCGCUCGAAAACCCAAUCCGAGGUUCAAGCCAAGAAUCGCUGCCAUGCUCGAGUCAAGGAUCGCUUCCUUCUUCCAGCCAAGACUCGCUCGACGGCCCGAUAUCUCCCACCGUCAGUAAAACCAUGAUCCGUGCCGCGAUCGAUAAGGUGGCCGCGAAGCGAUUGACGGAAAGAGGCGUCCCCCGCGCGUGCUACACGCCCAAAUGGAUUUCCAACAAGACGGAACGCAACACGCAGCUAUUCCGAUAUCGACGGCCGGAUGGCGUUGUGGGGGUCACCCUGCAAACCGAAGACGAAGGACUGGAUGAAAUUCCAACGAGACGAGUAUUUACGGGAGCAAAGGAAGUACGAAAAGUCGGAGGAUGCCCUUAUGGAUCUAUUUUUCGAACCUUGGAAGCCCAAAGUGGUUCAGCAUAG